AUGAACCCUCACGUAGGAAAAUGGAAUGACCGAGCGUGUUGGAAGUUUCAUUCUUACGUUUGUGAAAGCAACGGUAACACAAUUUUUUAAGAUUAUACGAUCAAAGCGAAUAUAAAAAGCCCAAGCAAAACUGUAAAUCUGAUACCUACAGCAAUAGCAAAGAUAAUUCUAUUCAAAGUUUUCUUGACAUGUAAGUCAACUAUGAAGUUACUAUGACAACCGUUUCAACAGCCAUGUUAUUAAAAUUUGCAUUUUCCCUAGCGAAAAUAAGUUCCUUUUCUGUUUUAACUGAAUCAUAAUGUUACACUUGACUAUUAUUUUACCAUAUAUGUAACUGUGAAUGCAAUACAGGCCUUCUAGGGACAACUUUCAGAUGCAAAAUAGCAGAUGCCGGUUUAAGUUUUCAAAAGUAUUCAUUUCUGCAGCUAGAAAACAAAGAAAAAUUUCACAGGUUUUUACACCGACAAUGACCGCAAACCGGUAGUAAAAAGGUUCUCGAUUCGUUCAAGCCAAGACAAACUAUAAGAGAAUUGUAAGAUAUGAUCUAAUAAUUAAGAUGCUGAUGUUUCAGUUCGACUGGUGAUUAUUACUAAGAAAGGCAAUAUGAUUAAAAAUUGUGCAUUUAAUUCUGCAGCAUGCGGUUCAGUGAUAAACAGUACUACACUUUCAAGUGUAGGAUAUCCGAACUACUAUCCAGAAAACAUGGACUGUACUUGGACCUGGAAAAUUCCAAAAGGAAAAAUUUUGAAAGUGACCUUUACAUUACUCGACAUAGAACCUUGGUGGGAUUGUUGGUAGGCGAUUUAAAUGUUUUCUGAAAAUUAUGAAUUAGAGUUGGGUCCUUGAGUCACAUCCACCGGAAAUCAGUGCUACAGAGCUGAACUUCUGCCAACGGGCACCUCCCCUUAGCGGGCAUUUUUGAAAGUCCCAUUGGGGUGAAGCGCGCAGUUCUUUUGUUCAUUUUACAAUGACAGCUCUAAGGCUUGGAUCUUUUGUGUCAUGUGAUAAUACUCCACAGAAAUAUAAAUUUCGUUUUACUUACCUGCAUAUGUACGCAUAAUUUAUGAAAUGAUGUUUAAUUUAUGAAAGAAUCCAAAAUUUAUUUAUAAUGUAUUGUAGUGGAGUUUUCUCUGUGAGUAAUCCAGGCCUCUUGGCAAAGUUUAUAAAUAAUAAACAAAUAUGUUAUGACAUCUUCCUGAGACCUUCAUUUCGAAAACAAAAAGAUAAACAGUUAAAUAUUAGGUAAAGAGAGAAAGACACCUGCGAGCUGGGGUUAUUAAUUUAGAACAACUUCGUUCCCAGGGUCCUCUCCUACUCGGCCCCCGUGGCGGAGAGGACCCUGGAAACGAGGUUGAAUUUAGAACACACCCGUCUGCCAAGAGGGGCGUGAAAUUUCAUUACCAUUUACCUUUAAGCAAAUAUUCAAUGCAAGCACGCUUGUUAUUCUGCUUCUAAAAAAACUGUUUCUUCGGACAGUUUAGUUGAAACAGUUUGCUGAAAACAGCUUCUAUUCUAGCUUGAACAUUUCCCAGAGUUUUAUUGUCAUAACCAAUUAACCAUAACGCAUUGAUUCUUUUUCUAGAAGAACCAUGGUGUUUUUACUGUUUUAAUGUACCCAGUAUAAAACUUCUUCGUCAGUGUUAAAGGAACGGCUUCUUUAUUAUUUGGAAGAUAAACAGGCUUGGACACUUAAUUUUCUUAUAGGAGGGACUAUUUGAGCAUUUACCAUCAACGCAACGUUCUGAUUGGCAGAUACUGCGAUAACUUAAACACCAAUUUGGCAGUGACGGUUGCCGGGGAUUACACAUUGAUUGAAUUCCACUCGGAAAACGUUAAGAGAGAAAAGCGCGGAUUCAGAUUGCAUUUCAGUGAAAUGCCACGAAGUGGUAAGUGCAGAGCGACCCAAGCGUAAUUCAAUUGUAUGGGAAAUAAUCCUCAAUUUUAAUCUACUCUGCACGCAAGCAGAAGCCCUUCGAUUUUACUGGAUAAGCAAAGUCUGGACGCCAUCUAAACUGAUUGCUAUUAUUUAAAAUGAAGUAUUAGAUCCUCAGCGGCGAUAUUUUACACAUCACGUAUGCCGUUUUGUAGAGAUUGUCGCAACUGCUUACUGUUAAAAGUUUACGCUUGUUGCAAAAUGUCAAAACACGUCGAAAUCCUAACAAAUGCCCUUCCCCGACUUACCCUAACAAACACGCACAUUACGAUGGGCGUAUGGAUUUGCUCUAAGUUCGAGGGCUAAAACUGUUGCCAUACUUUGAGCCAGUGGAGUAGCCAAACAGUUUGUGUAUCCUGCAUGACAGACGUUAGGUAGUGAUUGAAACACGGGCCGCGAAAGAGUUAUUUUUGAACUUAAUUGCAGUUAAAUUUUACAGUUGAUACUGAGCACGAUCCGCUUUUGCUUUCUGAAGAAUCGAAUAUGAAUUUAACCAAUGAAAACGUCGUGCGCUGGCGUUACAAACUUGGCAAAAUAUUAUCCAGUACUUGGUGGUAAGGAACGUCGCCCAAAGGACAACGUAUUUAAAAAGCGAAGCCUUCGAGGGAGGCAAGAAUUGUCGAGAAGAAAAACUUAGCUGGUUUUAUUCGUUCACAGUCAUUAGCUUCAGCGGUAUUCCGGAACACUGGAUAAUAUUUUACCAGGUCAAAAUGACGUUCUACUUGAUUUAACAGUAUAAGUAAAAGGAGACGCGCGCUAAAAACAGUAAAAUUUCACUACAAUCAACAAUCAAGGUCAUAAAAUAACUCCUCUGCACUCUGUGGCAGAAACAAUAAUAAUCCAAACGCAACUACAGCAAUGCAAAAGACGUUCCGAUGAUCUCUCACUUUCUCCAACAGACCUAUGCGGUUCAGCGAUGAAUAAUAUAGUGAGAUCCCCUAUAUACGUACAAAGUUACCCACCAAAUAUGCACUGCGUCUACAAUAUAUCAGUUCCACAUGGCAAGCUGCAAAAGCUUGUAUUUCAAAUAUUUGAUCUGGCAAUUGAUCCAGAAUGCAGGUUAGAGCCUAUUUUCCAUUCAAUCUGUUAGAGAACCUAGUAUUAUUGAACUCAUAAUGAGAGAAACUAUUUUUUUUUUACAAUUUUCAUUGGUAUAAGAUGAGCACUAAAUGACACGAAUUAUUAUCAAUGAUGACACUUAAUUUUCUAGCUGUCAUUUUAAUGUCAAUUUUAGUUCCUACAAACGUGAUGCUUCCACCAAAAGAUGGUUGCCUUCUAAAUCUCGAAGUGAAGUGUAGCGGUUACGCGUGAGCCUAUGUUCUUAUAGUGUUCCAUAAAAAAAGUAUGCUCCGAUAUAAUUAACACACUCACAUCAUCAUUCGGGUUGUUAUGGUUUCUAGAAACAAAAUUUGACGCUCGUCAGCAUAGAGCAUGCAAAUAAAGUUUUGAUGAUUACGUCUUGAAAGAGUUAGAAAGCAAAAAGUAAAGAUCCAAGACUGGAUCCUUGUGCGACACCACACUCAAUACAUUCGGCUUAAUGUUUAUUUGCACUGUAAAGGAGCAGAGAGAAUGCAUUUGUUUAAUGUUAACUCGUGAAAUAUUGAUUGUUUCCUUUGCAGGUUUAACUACUUGAACAUUUCAGAUGGUAAUCAUCUCAUCGGCCAUUACUGCGGUAAUUUAACGGGAAAAGUUAUUUUUGUUUCACGAGACUAUCUGGUGUUAACAUUUCAUUCAAACGAGAACUUUGACCCUAACAAAAAAGGAUUUGAGAUAUUCUUUACGGACGAUGUAAAUAUGCCUGGUAAGUGAAUAUAGAGUACAAACACAUCACGGGAAACUUGUUUAACGUGUUUCUCCAACAUGGCGAGCAGUUUUGAAAAUUUAUACGCGGGGUUAUUUCAGUUAACAACUAAAAAAGGCGUGAAAUCGAGACCGAGAUGCCUAAACAUCAGUACUCGCCCAGGGUUCGUUUUCGCCUCUUUUGCUUUUACCACAUUUUGACGUCAUCAGCGAUUUAUGAAUGAACACAGAACAGGCACAAGGUAUCCUUGAAUGUAUAUGUUAAAAAACGUCCAGAGAAAAAGGUUAGGAGAAUUAAUAUGAUAACCAAAGGGAAAAUUCGGCUUUGGCCUUUUGUCCAAUGAACGUGAACCGAGAUGACAGAAUGACAAAUUGUCUUUGUGGGCGAGUAUAAUUGUCAAGGAAAAACUUCAGUGUUAUUUUAAGAUUGCGCUCUAAAAAGGGGACGGCUACGUAUGGAAACACCUGCGAAAACAGCCGACAUUUUGCGACCUCCCAGGUUUCCCUGCGAAAUGAAGUGUAAGGAACGACUGCGGAAAUUUCACACUGAUUCCAUCGCAAGAUCUAGAUAGUGCCUCUGAUUGGUUUUAAUUAGUAACAUUUCGCGGCACAACUAGACUCACGCGUGCUCUCGACCUACUGCUGUGACUCAAACCAAGAAUAAGAGACUGCUCGCAGUCUAAGGCACAACUAAUUAGAAGCACUACCAAGACCUGGGUAGACGUAUGUAAUUUUUUUGACUCAUCCAUUAGAAGUCAUCUCACGGAGAAACCAGUGCUGCGGUCGCGAAAUGUUGGCUGUUUUCUCAGGCUAACUAUUGAAUAAGCUUUACUUUGACUAUAUGUUUCAGCACCUUGUCCAGUAGGAUGGACAAGCCUUUAUGGUUCUUGCUACAAAAUAUCUUCUAACGAAUCGGACUGGCACUCAGCAAAUUCAACCUGCGAGGAACUGGGAUCAAGUCUUGUUAUUCUGAACUCACUGGCUAAAAUACAAGAGCUCAUUAGAAGAACAAAUGGGCAGACGUGGAUUGGUUUACAGAGGAAUCUCAGGGACAGUUCAGGCUGGCAAUGGGUCGAUGGGUCCUCCGCAUUUUAUAGCUACUGGUUGAGUGGAGAGCCAAACAAUAGCGGAGGCAAAGAAGAUUGUGUAGUAAUGGACCCUCAUAUAGGAACAUGGAAUGACCAAGGGUGUUGGUCUUCUCAUUAUUACGUUUGUGAAAUCAACGGUAACACAACUUUCUAUGAUAUAAAGUACAAUCAAAAAGUAAAGUAAAUUGUUUAUCUAAGAUCGCAAUAAAUCUGGACAUUUCCCAUAAAGGUAAUAAAGGUAGACUUCUUGUAUUAUAAUAAAACGAAAAUCUUUCUUUUUUUUUUCAGCUACAAAAAUACCAGCAGUCAGCAACAACAACUUUUGAUUCCUCCGCUUAUGAUAAUAUUCGUUAAUUUCAGAAAUAUUAGAGACCUUUAGAUUCUAGGGCGAGAACGACUACGAGUACGAGAUUUCAUUUAAAAUUUUCGCGUAUUCUCAAAUAAUAGACACCGGGAAGAGAUUCAUUCUACAUCGCUUUCACUAAAAAAAAUUAGCGCUGUUAUCUUGAUUGAAAGAGGUUAAGCUCCCAGCUGCAGAGUGAUAAAACCUAUAACACUUUAUAACAACUUACUUGUGUCCGCUAACACGCUAACUCGUAGUAGAAUGACGACGACUGUACAGUCAAGUUUCCCGCCAAAAUGACGCUGGUUCACUCGCACGCACUACUGAGUAUUGAGGAAAUCUGGAACUCGUAGUCGUACUCGUCUUAGAAUCUAAAGAUCUCUAUUUGUCCUUCGCAGGUUGCCCCCAGGACUGGAUUCAAAUCCUCGGUUCCUGCUACAGAGCCUUUUCUUACGCACUGGAUUGGUUCGCGGCAGAAUCGGCCUGUAAGGCAAUUGAAUCUAGUCUUCCUAUAGUGACUUCACGUGCCGAACAAGAUGCCCUUGGCUCAUUUCUAACACAAAGCGCGUGGACUGGUCUGCACAGAAAUCCCAGUCACAAUUCAAGUGGGGUUGGUUUUGUCAGUGGUUCACAAGCUAGUUACGUUCAUGAAUUACGCAGUCAAUUGGAUAGUUUGACAGGCGAGGGAGAUUGUGUAGAGAUAAAUUCGAAGGGAAAACUGAAAAAUAGAGACUGUAGUCAUCACCAUCAGUACCUAUGCACAAUAUCGGCAGGUAAGUAACUCCAAGAAAACUUCAUGUGUUUCUAGAAGAGUUAUAAUUUUUUCCCAGAUCAUGCUUGUGUGUAUUGUAUAUGAAAUAAAAAGAAGACAAAAAAAUUAAUACUUGAUUGCAAGGUCCAUUAACCUCAACCGGAGCGACCCACUCAUAUACUAAUCACGGCGUUUCCACAAUCAUCAAGUAAUUUUAGAUUCAUUGUAAAGUACUUUUCCAGCAAAAAUAAAUAAGCCCCCAGUAAAAGAAACGAAAUGGAUUAUACUUUGCUUAUCUUUUACACUCUGUAUAUAUAUUUUCAAAGGAACUAAGUGCAGAAAACCUUCACUGCGGGAUGAUGUGCUUGUUUCACCUUCUGAUUGUCUUUUACCAACUCACCCACAUGGAAAGAUUUGCUCCUUUUACUGCGCCCGUGGAUAUCAAGUCAGCGGUCCUUCAUCUGCUCGUUGCGGGAUUGGUGGAUCAUGGAGUGAGGAUGCCAACACCAUCAUUUGUGAUGGUUUGUAUCUUGAUCGUUUAAGUUUCACUUCCUCCCUCAGUUGUAGCUUUAAACAUAAGCCAUUGUUUGCAAUUUUUUGGAUUGCUGUCAAUCCAACCCGAAAGCUAUUGCCUUCUGCAGAUUAGGGCUUGUGAAUCAAGAUGACCCUCCAACAGGUUAAUCGGACGCCUUAUACCAAGUUUGUGCAGCAUGUUUUUAAUUGUCAUCAUUAUAUAAAUAAUCUUCAGUUUUACAAUAAUUAUCACCAACGCUACAACCAACACUACCACCACCAUUACCACAAUUAUCAUUAUCAUCAUCAUCAUCAUCAUCACCAUUAUCAUCAUCAUCAUCAUCAUCAUCAUCAACAACAACAACAACAACAACAACAACAUGGUGAUAAGCAUUGCUACAAUCUUAAGGACCAUAUCAUCUUUAUCACCAUUACCUUUUACGUUCAUCAAACCCAGGUGCACCGUUUAAUGUUACAGCCAGAUUACCCCGUCAAAGACGAGUGCUGUUCAAGAGCCGUUGUUGUUUGUUUUUAUUCAAUAGAAUGUGAAGAAGCUCUCGGUAUGGGAGACGGAGAGAUCUCCAACGGGCAAGUCAUUGCUUCUUCGCAACUGGAUGCCGAGCAUGCAGCCAUCAAAGGCAGACUAAAGGCUAUAAGAACUUCAAAUAAAGUAGGAUCGUGGUCACCUUAUACCAAUGAUGUUAAGCAAUGGUUGCAGAUAGAUCUGGGCAGUCAAGAGCGCACCCUCGUAGCAAAGAUUGCUACUCAAGGAGAAAAUGCUGACAGCACGUGGGUCACACAUUACACAUUACAGUACAGCGACAAUGGAAAUAAUUUCAAUGUUUACAAAGAGCUAGGACAAGGUAAAGAUAAGGUGAGACGCCUAUUCUUCGCCAAAGUGAAAAAAAAAGCAGUUUAGCAUUUCUCCAGCAACUUUUAAAUACGAAUAUAUUUUGCUCAUGUGCACUUUUGGUCAGAGUAAAAAUAUGGCUAGCAACCCGCUUCCCUUGAGGAGUGCAGCAAGAAACGAAUUUAUUGACUGAAUUUAACACUUGUGCGUCCUACCUGGAUUUUUCAGGUGUUCGAUGGCAACACAGACCCAGACACCAUUGUUUUUCAUAAACUAAAUCCAAUCAUAAGAGCACGGUACAUCCGUUUCCUACCAACCGCUUGGCACAAACACAUCUCUAUGAGGGUAGAACUCUUUGGGUGUAAAGGUAAUUAAUUAGCAGAUGGCUUUCAAUAGACCACUUUCGAUAUAUUAAAAUUCAUACCUGGCUCCGGGGCUCGGGGGAAUAGAACAAAAGAAAUGCAUAAUUCAUCGCUGAACCUCAAGAUGAUUCAUCUUGUUUCAUUCGAGACGAAGCUUCGCAGCCAAGUAUGAAUUUUAAUACGUCGGAAUUGGUCUCAGUAUUCAAAGCAUCCCUCUCAAGCAAUUCACAUUUAUCUUAGAUACAUUUUGACGCAAAUUAGGUGACAGACGGUUGCUUAUUUUGUUUAAGAGAUAUGAAACUACUAAUGGAAAGAGUUCAGUCAAUUCCGAAUAGUUAUAAUAGUUUUAAACAGUUUUGUUUUGAACAGUUGCGACACGUAGAUAUAUAUUUUUUAGCAACUAAUAUAAGUUGCAGUCUGUCUACUUUGAAUUACCUUGAAAUAUAGAUAAAAUAGUGCCAAAAGAACACAAGUGACAAAUUACAACAUGAUACAUGAAAAACUACCAAAAGAAGAAAUGUACUAAACAAAAUUCUCUUUAGCAUUAGAAGAAUUCAGUAAAUUUUGUGAUUCAAAGUCAAAAAAUAAAAUCUUUCAUGAGUCAAUCUGACAAAUGAUCUUUCCUUAGGGACAGCAAAUUUGGGCCACUGGUUCCUAGAUGGUUCUGAUUCAGAUGUAAGGUUAGUAUUACAUAUAAAUAACCUAUUGAAGAAAUAUGAAGAUAAUGAUUUUGAUGAGAACAAUGAUGAUGAUGGUCAUCAUCAUCGUUAUCGUCAACGCCUUUCAUCAGAGAAGAUCUAUCCAUGAUAAUGUUCUCCAUGCAUUUGAUAGAUAUUCACAAGUCACUUUCUGCAUCAAAGGAGAGUCCCUUCAUAUUUUCUCGUAGCUUCCAAAAACUUUGAAAGAUUUCUUGUGGUGUGCUUCUUUUAAGCUUAAUAUUUCAUAUUGAUUUAAACCAGAGGCAAACCAUCCGAACUGUCCAAGGCAUCGUGAUGUCACGUGCGACAUGUGAUCCCAUUACAUCAACAUCUGGGAUCAAAAGAUGUAAAAUUCUGUGUUUUGUAAAGCAUUCUACCGAUCACUUAAAUGAAGCCGAGCGCGGGCUUUAUGAAAUACAGUAAAUGUAUGGGAUCACAUGUCGAGCGUGUCAUCACGAUGCCUUGAACAGUUUGGAUGGUCUGCCUGUGUUAAAACAUUAAUUACUCUAAUUUUCAUUUCGUAGGUUUUUUGGUGCGGUUAACUACACUGGAGGUUGGUGCCUUGGAAGUAAAGCUGUGUCUUUCAGUCAAAAAGGCUCCUUUGUCACUGUGCCCAAAGUAAACAUUACAAACUGCGACUUUACAAUUGCUUUUUGGAUUAAAUCCGGUGAUAUAGAGGGACCUUUAAUAGCGAUUUGGUCUGUGAGCGGAAAACUAUUUUACGCGGCAAUAAAGAAUUCCAGUGUCAUCUUGUCGAUACAUAACACUAUAGCAAAAGCAAACUUCGCAAUCAGGGAAUGGAAUCAUGUAGCCAUAACCUGUGAGGAGUCUAAGAUCAAGGUGUUUGUAAAUGGAACAGAAAUUUUAACGAAGGAACAAUGGAACGAGUUCUUCUUCUUAUCGUCAGACCAUCUUGAGACGGAAAAUGUGAUAGGAAAUCAUCCAGUCCUGUUCAAGUUGCCAUUGGUAAAUAAACCUUUUGUUGGGGCACUGAUGGACCUUCAUGUAAUCGAAACUGCCUUGUCUGCAAAUCAGAUUUCUGACUUGGGCAAAGGUAAUCUGUUGUUGUUAGGGAGUUUAACCAAAUGAGUUUUUGAGUGACGCACGUCGACCGGAGGUGAGCUGUUUUCGCUCUUGAUACAACUUGACGCUGCCAAAAUCGUAAUGCCUCGUUGUCUUGCUCUUAUAUAAGGGACUUGACGAUCGGACUACGCGACGGCAGCAAAAAUGUCGCUCCGCUCGGGCGCAAAUGAUGCUACUCGGGCCACAAAUAAACUAUAUGCCCCCCAAAAGUCAUGUGAUUGUCCUAGUGAUCUAAAAAUGCAUACGGAUUACACUGAAAAAACGGAAGUAAUUUUGAGCUGGUCAAGAACGUGAGCGUCUUGUUAGACGAGAUGUGUAAACGGGGCUGAUUAAAGCAGCUGGAGUGACAACUCUACAGUCGCGAAACGAUCCCCAUAUUUUGGUGUUCUUAUCUUAAUUGAUCAGAAACAAAAGAAUUAAACCGAAUCCCUUGUAGCCAACACACAAGUAAAUAAUUAACUGAUGACGAUAUAUUUUUGUGAACCUAAGGCACGCCGAAAACUCCAGUUAUUAACAAGAAGGAAAGCAAGAUAAAUGGUUGCACAGUAAACCUCACAUGGAGCCGUGACGUGUGUGCCACUACGAAGGACACCAUAUGCUUUAGGGUGAUAAAUCCACAGGGCUACAGAGCAGAACGCCGGGUACAAGAGCAUACUUCAGCGAAAUUAUACCAUCUAUUGACACUUGACUGCGACAAAAUCUAUCAGAUUGAAGUGUCUUCGUGGAUUGGAGAACUCCAGAGCGACUGGUCUACUCCUUGGCAAGUUCAAACUAACUCACCUAAGAUAAAGCAGGAAACACAAAACGUCUACUGUAAGUACCGCAAGGGAACAAAAUAGUUAUAGAUUGCCUUAACCCAAGCCGCGCUGGCGUUCCUCCUCAGAAGACAUUCUUAGGGCCUCGUCACGCGUUGUUGCGUGACCAUUCAAAGCACCGUCUACGUGGAAGGCUACUUCCCUUAGGACAAUCCGUUCAGAGCCGUCAGGUCAUGUAUGAUGCCAUAAAUAAGAAACAAACCAGAAAAUGCCGGCCGCAAGAAAAAUUGUCCUAGAUGUACCUAUAAUUCAUCUCUCUAUUAUCUUGAACAGGGUAAAUGGAAGAGCAGGUCAUUGCCACAAUAAUGACCGGCGUUUAAUAGAAGUCGCGUUCAUGCGAACAAGAAAAUUUUCUACCUUACCCUACGCGCACGGUCAUUAUUUUUCAGAAGAAGUCCUAACUAACUGAUUAUUAUCCUAUUUAUAAUCUCCGUCACUUUUUUUUUAAAUAUAAGGAGACUCUACCUAAUGAAGUCACAAAAAUUCCGAGAAAGAAGCUUCAUUACCCUAACUGAGAAAACAGCACGAAAUUCUAAGGCAAAGGCAUAGUUACUUGAUAUGAAAAAAUCAUUUAAAACUUGAAAAAUCAAGUCAAAUUAUGAAGCCGUCUUUUUUACAACAGACCUUUUUUGGCCACUUCCGCAGGUGAGAUGGGCAAAACAAAAAUACAUUUUAAAAGUGAUAUAUGCAAAAAGUUCAGAAUGCAAAAAAAUACAAAAACAAACUCCCGUAACCGAGACAAUAACACCUAUCCUCUUAUGGAUGACGUACAUGUAAAUUGGAUAAAUUCCAUAUCUUUUACAUUAAUUUAUUUCUGUCUUUCCAGCUAACGAUGACGCUAUUAAAGCGUUGGGAAUAGCUCUUGGAGUCACUGCUACUUUUGCGGCAGCAAUUCUCGUAGGGAUCUACCGAAGGAGGCAAAAAAGAGAAGAACGGUAUGCUUAAAUGGCACUGAAAAGUCAGGAGGGUCUACUUAACGCAUGUUAACAAAGUUGGACACUAACACUGACACUCGCGUCAUAUCCGACAAUUUCUUCGAAAAGUAGUUCCCGAUUUGUUGUCUUUUUUUUUUGCGCGGUGUAUUUUCCGAUUGACGAAAAAUCUAAAUACAAAAUCGGGCCAACUUUUCUGUUCACCAUGCCCUGAUUGUUCAAACGUUGGAUAGCGCUAUCCAACGUUUGAACAACCGGGGCCAUAUGUUUUCGUUACAAAACCGGGCAGACAAACCGUUACGUAUAAACUGGCCUUUAAAUUAUAAAUGCCGUAACCUUAACAGGAAGGUGCAGUGUGUUUCUUUCGUUUGUUUGUUUGUUUUUCUUGUUUUCGCCUUAAAUGCAGUUUAUUUUUCGACAGACGGCAGGUACGUAGCGUGCUCGGGCUAGAACGAAGACAGACAUGCGCACUGGACCCCCGUUUCAACUCUAAGUCAAAUUGUAGUCAAGGAAAUCGAGUCACUUCUAUUGGUCUCCAUAAAAAUGGAAUUUUCCGUAAUGUGUCUAAGCAACAGAGGUGGCGGAGCCUUUCGAAACGUGGGGGGGGGGGGGCUCAUCAAAGGGUCUUUUAUACAAAGACCCCAGUAAGGGCGAAACAGCUGUCCAUGGCUGCCACUGCCCGAAUUUGACCACCGCCUUGUUACCUCAGUUGGGAGAGCGCCGGUCUGCUGAGCGCGUUGUUCGUUAGCACAGGCAAAUCUCUUUGUAAUCUUCACAGUGAAGAUGGCGAUUUGUGACAAUGUAUCAGCAGGCAUUUGUUUAGGCUGUCCUGAUUUAUGAUACUUUUUAGGUAGCAAAUCGUCCAGUGAUGUCACAGGUAAUGUCAAAUACAUCCGUAAUGGCGAUUACAGACUUUUAUCGGGGGUUGUAGGGAACACCCUGCUCCUCCGCUUACGUAGUUAGAAAACCCGUUCUUCCCACGCAGUUUCUUCAUAGUGCGAUCAUGUACGAAACAAAAUUUUUUGCUAAUAUUGGCUGUUUCCUAUUUAGAUCCAAGAAAGAAAUUGUUCAUUUUAUGUCACUGGAAGUCCCACACGAGCGAGUAACCUUCAUGGAGGAACUUGGUCGAGGGGCUUUUGGCAAGGUUCAUAAAGGUGUGAUGAAGGAGGUAACAGACGCAAAUACAUAUUCCGAUACCAGUGAAAGAAAUCCAAAUGUACGUUCCAAGGACAGCCUGCGAACAUUGACGGGCAAUAAGGGACGAAUUGUUGCUGUUAAAGUCCUUCUUGGUGAGCUACUAAGCCAUUUUCGAUGAAUGUUUACAAAUCAUGU